AAAGGUCAAACCCCACGUGGCGAUACAAACGGCACACCAAUGGGAAAGCCAAGAAGCAAGGUGUCUGCCGCCGAAGUGGUGGCUAGGAAGAAGAAGAGAGCCAAGCGCAGUGACCUGAGCUCCAAUCCUUUCGAGGUGCGCGUCAACAGACGGAAACACGACGUUCUGGGCCAGAAGAUCCGGUCGGGACGAGGCCUGCCUGGCGUGGCGAGAUCCAGAGCCGACCAAAAGAGAAAACAGACUCUGCUGCAGGAGUACCGCUCUCGGGGAAAGGCGGGCGUCUUUCAGGACAAGCGGUUCGGUGAGUAUGACAGGCAGCUGUCCGUGGAGGAGAAGCUGGCUCAGCGGUUCUUUCUAGAGAAGAAGAAGCGUCACGGGAAGUUCAGUCUUGAAGACAAUGAUAACGAGGAGGGUCUUACCCAUUUUGGUCAGUCACUUGGGGACAUGGAAAAGUUUGAUGGAAUCCAGUUGAGCGAUGGAGAGGAAGAAGAGGACAUUUCCCAAACACACUUUGGAGGUUUCUUGAAGAGAAAGAGAACCGCGACAGAGGUGGAGGAGGAGAGUGAGGUAAGACAUUGGCUGACCCCCGAGAGAGGGACGGGUGGAGGCGACGAGUGUCUAUUUGGUCCUCCCGUUGUUUGCACACAGACGCCAAAAUCGAGAAAAGACAUCAUGAGAGAGCUGGUGGUGAAGUCAAAACAAAUGAAGUAUGAGCGGCAGUCGGAUAAGAGGGAAGCGGAGGAGCUAAUGGAGACACUGGACUCUCAGUGGGAGGACGUCCGCGGACUCAUCUCUCAACCCAAACCUCCACCGCCACAGGCCGUCGGGUCGACAGACUCCACACGGGCAAGUGGUAGCAGUGACUACGACAGGGUGGUUAGAGAGUUGGCCUUCGAGAGGAAGGCUAUGGCUACGGAUCGUCUCAAGACGACGGAGGAAUUGGCCAGAGAUGAGAGGGACCGACUCAUCAAGCUGGAGGCAGACCGGGUGCAGCGUAUGAGAGGCGAGGAGAGGAUUCAAGAGGGAGUGAUGGGAGGAGUGGACCACACCUCUGCUGAUGCUAUCAUCACUAAGUACGAUCUCCACUGAAACACAGUAUAGCAGGGUUCUUAUUGUGGGCAAUAAUUGGAACAGAUUUUACUGUCAUUAUGCAGUCAUUGUUUGUCUCUCUGUGGCUGAAGGUCAAGGAAGAAGAAAGAGGUCAGGUUUAUGAUCAGAUACGA